AUUGUUCGGCUCUGCGGUCUGUGUUGAUUACCUCGCCGCUGUACGUCUCAUGAUAUGUGAAAAUCAACAUGCAUUACGUGAGACGAGUGAGGAGAGCCAGUGAUAUGCUGCAUCACUGGAACAGGAAGAAUGUGGUAGAUUAAAAGUCAUUUUUAAGCAAUGGCUGACUACCAUAUGUUAAAUGAUGGAGUGUUUGGUGUGGGUGGAAAUGAUAUCAUGGAAGAGACGGCCGGUAUGGUGAAUGCUGUUAGUUACAGCCAUUCAGGAGCUGUGAAUACUCCUGGUCAGGGAAUGAUGUCUCAGAGUAUGUCGGGUACACCAGGUCAAAAUCCUAGUGUGAUGAUGCAGGGCAUGGUGCCCAUGCAACAGACACAAAGUGGAGCACAAAUGCCAUCUGGAGGCAUGAGUUCAUAUCACCAAGGUGCAACACUGCAUGGUUAUUCGCAAAAUGAAGUGCCUCAAAAACUUCAUCAGUAUUCUGUUUACGGUAGUCAGUUACAACCUGGUAAUAUGGCUGGUCAGUAUGUGUCGAGUGGCCCCAGACUUCAUCAUCUUAGUGAUCCCAUGUCAUCAAUUCCUGACCAAUCUCAACAAUCUGCUCCUAGAACUGUUGUGCCCAAUCAGAUGUAUCAGAAUCGUGCUAUGGCAAGUGGCCAUUAUGGACAAGUUUCGCAUUCUAAUUCAGCUCCUACGCAAAUGUCUCAGGGAGCAGCUCAGUAUCCUAGCCAUUAUGGUUCUGUGCAACAUCAUGGCAUGCAACAACAUCCAGUGCAACAAGUAAACCAGAGUGCAGAUAUGUGGCAGAAUUCAAUGCCUCAUUCACAAAUGACACGUCCAUGCAUGCCUGCAUCUCAACCUUACUCGCAACAUCAAAUGGUGCCUAACCAACAUGGAGCAAAUGCUCUGAACCAUAGCCCUAUGACCAUUCAGGCUCAAAGGCCCUCAACUCCAAAUCAAAGCCAAUAUAUGACUAAUCAAGAUUAUUCAACACCUCAUGCUGCUCCUCAGCAACCUUCAUUGCAACGUCCUCCUGUUUAUAAUAUGAAUUCAAACUCUGUCAACCAGAACGGUUCCAUGGUGAGUCAAAUUAAUAGUGCAUCUCAGCCUGGAUUAUCACAAAAUCUGAACUCUAUGUCUCAAUCAGAACAGUCAAUGACAUUUCCUCAGGGACAUUAUGGAACAUCACAGACACCUACAAAUAGGCCUCAUUAUAAUACUAAUACUGCUGUUGGUAAUGCAGUAGGCCUCACACCUCAACAUGUUAUGAAUCAACAAAUGAUGAAUGUAAGGCCUCCUGUUCAUCAAAUGGGAUAUUCCCCAGUACCUUCACGGGUUAACUCAGGUCAACAACAUGCAAGUUCUGUACCUCCUGGAAGUCCAGCACGUUUGCAGCAAUACCAUCCUCCCUUUUCUCCCAGUCAAGGGUACACAGCUACUCAACCUUCCCCUAGACCUACCAAUCCGGAAACUGCAACACCCCCUCAUUUACAUUAUUCCAAUUCUCAGCCUCAUGUUCAGGCACCUAUGAGCCCACAGUAUCGCAGUCCUUUUCCUUCCCAGGUUACUCAUUCCCCUCAGCAUCUUACGCCCACUCCUCCGGCUGAGGUUUCUGCACCUCCUCGUACACCAGAGCGGGUGCUACAGUCUUCUACGCCACAAUCUCAGGGAAGCUAUCACAGCCCUACUCAUUUAACAAAUGCCACUCAUUUGACAAGUCCUGCACAAGGCCAUUCUCCAGGGAAUUCCAAUGCUCCGUCCAGUUUGCAGCAUCUGGAACAAAUGGUCUUACCACGUGCAAGCACAGGGCCUUCAACAACUCCUACUGCAACAAAUGUGAGUCCCAACUCAAAUGCUUCUAUUUCCCAUAAUUCAGGAAACUAUUAUAGCCAUUUAUCUAGCUCUCAGCAUCAUGUUCAUCAUACCUCUACUACAGAUUCCCGUCCUCAAACUCAAAGCCCUUCUUUUUCUCAUGUCUCUCAGGCACUUCCUCAUCAUACCUACCUUAAUCAGUCACAUACUGCUGCUCAACAGUCAUCGUCUGCCGUGAGCAAUGUGCCAAAUUCACAACCGCUACAACCUAAUGUUCCCAAUAUUUCUACAUUGUCGAACUCAAGUUUGUUAUCAGAGGAAAGCACUCCAUUAGAAUCAAAUCAACUAAAUUCUGUUUCAUACAACUCUGAUAACAGCUCUAGCAUUCCAAGUGUGAGUGCAUCAGCCGAACCAAGUAUACCAAGAAAUGUAAGUGCUACAACAGCUGUUGGACCAAUGCCUACCUCUGAUCCUAUAAGUCAGAUGCCUUGUGUUCCAAGCACUGCAACUGAUUCAAUGUUGAAUCCACAGUACAAUAUGCUUGGAAAAACUCCUUAUCAAGGAAGUUCAUCUUCAAUUACUUUUGAAAUGCAACAAAUUCAACAAGAACUCCAACAAUUGUAUGGUAUGCAUCAGAGCCCAGAAGUGCAUGAAAAGAUGUGGAUCAUGGUAUCUGAUGAACCAAUGCGCCACCAUCAAGAUAGUAGGAAGUACUCUGCUGUGUGCAAUCAAGAUCUAUGGGACAAAGAGAGAGUCCUGGAGUGGCUGGAUAAUCCAGAUGAGCAGAAAACUCAGUAUCAACUUAGUGAUAGUGAAAUUGUUCUACAGCCCUCAGAGGAAAGUGAAGAUGAUGAGGAUGAAGGAGAGGCAGAAUCUAAAAAAAUUCUAAUCUCGGAGGGUGUGCAGAUAAAAACAUUGCAAGACAGACUUCAUUAUCUACAGGCACAACCAAAUCCUCCAGAAACUUCCAGUGCCCACCCUAUAAAUAACAGUGUUACAGAUGCAUCUAUAUCUCCACAUUAUCCGCAGCACCCAAUGCUAUAUAACUCAGGAAAUAAUUCUUCAUACUCUCACCAGCCAUUGAUACAGCCUCCACAUGCAAUGCAUUACAAACCUCCGACAUCAACUAUGAUUCAGGAAGUAGUACCUCCUCCUCAACAAAAUAUGAAUCUUAACACUAUGAAUAAUGCCAUUGUUGACCCAAUGGCUCAAGAACAGAUGGCAGCUGAUUCUGAAAAUAUAAUGCAUAGUCAAUAUCCAACAACUGGCCAAGAAAUGAUGGCUCCAAUUUUAUUGCCAGAGAAGCCAGAGCCUGUAUUAGAUCCAUAUGAGAUGACUUUUAAUGAUGAACCUCCUCCUAAAAUGAAGCGCCGAGCACCAAAGGAGCCUAAGCCUAAAAAACCAAAAUCCCCUAAGGCCCCGAAAUCUCCCAAACCUAAAAAACCAAAGAAAGGAAAAAAUUCCGUUGGAGAACCUGUUUUACAAACAGAAGGAUUUCUUCCAAUUGGAGAACCUGGAAUAACUGUGGAAACUGGAGAGGUCGUACCUCUGCCUGUAGGGGACGCAGUUCCUGUUCUACCUGAAGCAACAGAGCAAAAACCUAAAAAACCAAGUAGGAAACGAAAACCUAAAGAAACAGAUGGAGAGCCAAAGGAACCGAAACCCAAAAAGCCUCGUAAAAAACCAGAAAAGAAACCAAAGCAACCUAAAGGUGGUGAGCCUUUGCCAGAAAAUAGUGAAAAUGCUAUUGUUACUGAAAAUGUUAGUGGUGCUCCUGAGGACAUUCCUGUUGAUACAGCAGUUGCAACUGAUGAAACAAGUCCUGCAGAAAAGCCUGAGGUUGAAGGCCAAGAAAAUCCAGAUGCUGCCUCAAAAGAAUUAAAAGAGAAGAAGCCAUCAAAAUCAAAAUCGCCAAAGACACCAAAAGAUGGUACACCUAAAGAGCCGAAAAAAUCUACUCCAAAAAAGAAACUUCCGAAAAUUGCUCUAAAAUUCACCAGUAAAAAGAAAAAGAAGAAGGCUUUAACUUUGUCUGACCAUUCAGAUGUUGAAAGGACUCCACCUCCUUCCCCAACUGAAGCUGAUGGAAUUACUAAACGUCGUUCUGCUAGAAACACUGAGCGCAAAAAAUAUACAGAUGACAUUGAAUUGCAUCUCUCUGAUGAUGAAACAAUUGAAAUGGAUUUCGGUCAGUCAUCCCGAAAUGAUGGAAAGCUUGUUCAAGUUGUUGUGGAUAAUCACACUGAAGAUUACAUGGUUGUCGAGAAGAUAUUAGCUAUUAGAACCGCACAGAAACAGGUUGAUAACAAUAACGGAAGUGAUGCCGAGAACAGUACACCAGAAAUGGUUGAUGUUGAAGAGUAUUAUGUGAAGUACAAAAAUCUAUCAUAUAUUCAUUGUGAGUGGAAAACCUUAGAAGAAUUAGAAAAGGGGGAUAGGCGUUUCAUCCAGAAGGUUAAAAGAUUUAAGCAGAAAAAAGAAACUUUUAACUUUUUUGAUUUUCUGGAGGAGGAUCCUUUCAACCCUGAUUAUGUAGAAGUGGAUCGUGUUCUGGAUGUUAAUGAAGAUGAAAAUUGUAAAAUAACACGCCAUUAUUUAGUUAAGUGGCGUGCAUUGACCUAUGAAGAAAGCACAUGGGAAUUAGAAGAUGAUGUGGACAGGGACAAGAUUGAACAAUUUUUGAGAUUCAAAAAUCCCCCACCUAAGGAAAAAUGGAAAACCAAAAAACGACCUAGGCCAUCUGAAUGGAAUCAGAUUCCAGAAUCUCCAGUUUACAAAGGAGGCAAUACUCUUCGUGAGUACCAGUUAGAAGGUGUGAAUUGGCUUACCUUUUGUUGGUACAACAGUCAAAAUUGCAUUUUAGCUGAUGAAAUGGGGUUAGGUAAAACUAUACAGUCAAUUACAUUUUUGAAUGAAAUAGACCAAUAUGGAAUCCCUGGUCCUUUCUUGGUCAUUGCUCCUUUAUCCACUAUAGGGAAUUGGCAGCGAGAGUUUGAGACUUGGACUGAUUUAAAUGCAAUAACUUACCAUGGAAGUUCUCCUAGUCGAAAUAUGAUCCUUGAGUACGAAAUGUAUUGGAAAGAUGAAAAGGGUGAGCGUAUCCAAGAUGUAUAUAAAUUCCAAGUGAUGAUUACUACUUUUGAGAUAAUCUUGACUGAUUGCAUGGAACUAAAAUCUAUCCCAUGGAGAUGUGUGAUUAUAGAUGAAGCUCAUCGCCUAAAAAAUAGAAACUGUAAAUUGUUGGAAGGACUGCGUAUGCUCAAUACAGAGCAUAGAGUGCUACUUACAGGAACACCUCUACAAAACAAUGUUGAAGAACUUUUCAGCCUUCUAAAUUUUUUAGAACCCAGUCGAUUUGCCUCAACUGAGGCUUUCUUGGAAGAAUUUGGAAAUUUAAAGACAGAAUCUCAAGUUGAUAAACUUAAAGCUCUUUUAAAACCCAUGAUGCUUAGAAGAUUGAAAGAAGAUGUAGAAAAGUCUUUAGCUCCAAAGGAAGAAACAGUUGUUGAGGUGGAGUUGACAAAUAUUCAAAAAAAAUAUUAUCGAGCAAUAUUGGAGCGUAACUUUACUUUCUUGACCAAAGGAAAUUGUUAUUCUAACAUUCCAAAUUUAAUGAAUACUAUGAUGGAGUUGAGAAAAUGCUGCAUUCAUCCAUUUUUAAUAAAUGGAGCUGAAGAGCAAAUUCUAAAUGAUUAUAAAAUGCAACAUGAAGAUGCCCUUGAAAGUAAUUUGAAUGCAAUGAUCCAAGCUUCUGGUAAACUUGUACUAAUGGAUAAAUUAUUGCCAAGGCUUCGGGCUGAUGGACACAGGGUUUUAGUUUUCUCUCAGAUGGUUCGCUGUUUAGAUAUUUUGGAAGACUACUUGGUUCAAAAAAGGUAUCCAUACGAGAGGAUAGAUGGUCGAGUACGAGGGAAUUUGAGACAAGCAGCGAUUGAUAGGUUUUGUAAGCCAGAUUCAGAUCGGUUUGUGUUUCUGCUUUGCACCCGUGCUGGAGGUCUAGGAAUCAAUUUAACAGCAGCAGACACUGUCAUUAUAUUUGAUUCUGACUGGAAUCCACAGAACGAUUUACAGGCCCAAGCACGUUGUCAUCGAAUUGGUCAGUCGAAGGCAGUCAAAGUCUAUCGUCUCAUCUGUCGCAAUACAUAUGAAAGAGAAAUGUUUGACAAAGCUAGUCUUAAGUUGGGGCUGGAUAAAGCCGUCCUGCAAUCUAUGACAAUGAAAGAGAACGUUGGAAUGAACCAACAAAUGUCAAAGAAAGAAAUAGAAGAUUUGCUUCGUAAAGGAGCUUAUGGUGCUUUGAUGGAAGAUGAUAAUGCUGGAGAUAAGUUUUGUGAAGAAGAUAUUGAUCAAAUCUUGCAAAGACGAACCCAAGUCAUCACAUUGGAGAGUGGAACAAAAGGAUCAACUUUCUCUAAAGCAACUUUUGCCUCGGCUUCAACACGUUCUGACAUUGAAAUUGAUGAUCCCAACUUUUGGGAGAAAUGGGCAAAGAAAGCACACCUUGAUGUUGAUGAGCUUAAAAACAGGAAUGAACUAAUCAUUCAAGAGCCACGGCGGCGGACACAAACGAGAAGGUUUGGUACAGAUGACAUAAUAGAUUUAUCAGAAUUAGAGACUAGUGAUGAAGAUGAUGAAUCCGUUUCAUGUCGCACUCGUGCUUCUAGAAAAGGCUCCAAGAAUGGUAGAAAAACAUCAAGAGGAGGUCGUGGAGAUAGAGAUGAUGAUUUUAUGGAAGAUUUGCCACCCGGUAAUUGGACCCGAGCUGAAUGUUACAAAAUGGAGAAAGGGUUACUUACAUUUGGAUGGGGUCGUUGGGAUGAAUGUAUGGCUCUAGGACAAUUUCGAAGGAGAAUGUCCCAUAAAGAUUGUGAAGAAAUUUCUAGAACUAUUCUACUCUAUUGUUUGUUACACUACAAAGGUGAUGAAAAAAUCAAAAGCUUUAUUUGGGACUUAAUCUGUCCUAAUUAUGAAGGUGAAGAAAGAAUUCACAAAAAUCAUUCUGGCUUAUCAGCUCCUGUUCCGAGGGGGCGGAAAGGGAAGAAAAUCAAGAAAGAAACUAAAACAGUUGAUCAAAUCAUUGAAGAAUGUGAAUGGACAAAAGAAGAAGUCAAUAACCCUGAUUCUCUACUCAAUGAUGAAAUUUAUAAAAGACAUUUAAAUAGACAUUCUAACAAGGUUUUACUUCGUGUUCGUUUAUUGUAUUAUUUAAAACAUGAAAUUAUUGGAGAUCUUCAUGAGCAAGUAAUUUCAGGACUCAAUGCCAGUGAUAUACCACUAUUUGUUCCUCCUGCUGAUGGGGAACCUCCAACACCAUGGUGGGAUCAAGAGCUAGAUAAAAGCCUUCUGCUUGGCAUCUAUAAACAUGGUUUUGAACGCUACAAUCUUAUGCGACAAGAUCCAACCCUUUGUUUCCUAUCCCGUUGUGGACCUCCAGAUGGUGCAGCAUUGCUAGCAGAGCUAAAUAAUGUAAUUACCAAUGAAGAUGAAAUGGAAGAUCCUUCAGUACAAAAGGAUAAAGACGAUGAAAUGGAGCCAUUAUCUCCCAACAGCGAAAAUGAACCUCCGAAGCACAUGCUUCCUAGCAGUUACAACAUGAUGCAACAUGCGUUCGAGAUGGGAAUGAUCCACUUUCCUUCAGUAACGGAUGUCAACACCAGAGUAAGAAGAUUAGUAACAGCAUUUCAGAGGAAUAACAAAAAGCUUGAAAUCAGGAACGCUCAAAAGGCUCGUAAAAUUGAACGAAGAGAGAAGUUUGAAGCUGCUAUUCGAGAAAGAGAACUUAAAAAGAGGGAACUACAGCAGAGGAAAUGGUCUCGUCGGGAAGAAGCAGAUUUCUAUCGCACAAUAUCAUCAUUUGGAGUGGAGUACAAUGACCAGAAGAAAGAAUAUAACUGGGCAAGGUUUCGUGGCAUUGCUCGCCUAGAGCGAAAAUAUGAUGAGACCCUUGCAGAAUACUACAAGUGUUUCUAUGCCAUGUGUAAACGAGUUUGUGGGAGAGAACUAACUGAGGAAGAAGAGCAACUCUCGAUGAAUGUUGAACCAAUCUCUGAAGAACGAGCAAGCCGAUGUCUUCAAAGGGUGGAACUUUUAAACAAAAUAAGAGAGGAGAUACUUUCACAUCCUGAAUUAGACGAAAGACUGAAGCUUUGUCAGCCUUCUAUGGAUCUACCAGACUGGUGGGUUUGUGGAAAGCAUGAUAAGGAUCUUCUUUUUGGUGCUGCUAAGCAUGGCCUCAGCAGAAUGGAUUAUCAUUUACUUCAUGAUCCCAAUCUAUCAUUUAAAGAUGUUCUAAAGAAUUACCCUAAUGCCAAAACGAUACAAAUUGGCAAUAUGUUUACUACACCUAUUGGUUGUUCUAGUCCCCUGAAUAUCUAUCACACAGAUGAAAAUAUGUUGCUGAAAGAUGAAAGUUUUCGAAGACUGAAAGAAGAGUUGCCAAUCUGCUCUGAUGAAUUUAAUGUGAAAGAUGAUGCUCCUUUCCAUAAACAUUUAGAACAUGGCUCAGAAACUAAGAAGGAAGUAGAAAAUAGUAAACAAAGAACCGACUUACCUGAAGAUCAAGUCCCAAAAGUUGAAAAGGAAGUAAAGGAUGAAGUAGCUGUUAAGGUUGAAAGCAAUACUGAAAGUCCAAGUACGUUGGUGAAAAAAGAGGAUGUUACAUCUGAAGAAAAUGUUAAAGAAAAUACAGAGGAGGAUGAACUCAAAAGUACUGAUGUGAUAAAAUGUGAAACUAGUGCAUCUUCCGAAGUUGAAGAAAAAUCAAAUCUAAUUCCAAGUUCCAGCGAGACGAAUGAAACCGCUAAUGAGGAUGAGAAACCAGAACUUAAGAAUGAAGAUGAACUCAAAGUGGAAGAUGAAGAAACUGAUAUAGAAACUGACAAUAGAAAGGAGGAAGAAGAAAGUAAGGAAGCAAUGCCUAUUCUUGAAAAGACUGGUGAAGUUUCAGUCAUAACAAGGGCGAAAAGUCCGGUGCUAUCAACUCCUGUCCUUGAAGAAAUGGAGAAGGAGGAUCAGAAAUAUGAUUGUGAUACGGAUACAGAAUCAAAAAGCCAUCUGGAAAUCAUCCAGAAAGAAUUAGAAAACUCAAUGAAAAACAUUAAAUCAGAGAAAAUUGACAUGGGAAUGUUUCAGAAAUCACUACUGAAAGUGAAGCAAGAAGAAAUAAUGUCCGAAGAUAAUUUUAGGGAAAAAUAUAACCACCUUCAAAAAAUGUUUCAUAAGGAUGAUCCAUUGCAUUCACAAGUGGAUGAUUCUCAGCUGUAUGCGAUUUUACAGGGAUGCAUUUCGCAAAAUGAUGAUGUCAUGAGUCAAGCCAGUUUUAAUCUUGAAACUGAAAUGGGUGAACCCACUGUUGCUCAGCUGCUGGCAUUUACGAAUGGAAAUGCUGUUAGAUGGCCUAAGGACAAAGUUUUGCAAAUUCGCUUGGAGCACAUAGUCCAUGCAGUGGAAAAGAAUGAAUGGCCCAUCAUUCGACAUACUUUUCUACCUAGUUUCCCAUCUUCAGCCCCUACCCCAUCAUCCUCAUCUUCCACUCCUAUGUCUCAUCCUCCUGUGAUUGCAAGCCCUGCACUCUCGCACAGAGCUUCUCCUGCUCCUAGUAUCUCUAGCCAAGGUCACAGUGGUGAAGUGACUCCUGAGCAUACACCACUGCGAGAACCCAUAUUGCCCUCAACAACCUCCAUUGCUGCUGCCUUGCAAGAAACUAUUCCUCCUACUCCGACAGAUUUUGGGCUGCUGCAUAAGGCGGCUCUUCAGCAACACAAUAUGGCAAACCAACAACCUAUUUCGGAAUCAUCAAAGCAUCGAAGGAGGAGGCGGAGAAGAAGAUUUGAAAUUGAAGCUGAAAGAGCUAAGCUGCGACAGCUGUUAUCUCAUAAUAUGCAACAACAGCAACACCAUCAUCAACAGCAAUUACAGCAUGUGCAACAGUUCCUAGCUUCUUCACCUAUGCGCAAUAAAUUGUGGGAAGAACACGUUGAGGAUGGAGGGAAACCUGCUGUACCUUCGCUGCCAGCUGUUCCAUCCCCUGCUCCUUCAGCUUCUUCUAAUGUUCCCCCUCCUGCUCACCAAAAUUCAUCUUCUCGCCUUCCUCCAACUGUAGGCACAUUAGAUUUACGAGUAAAGUCUGGGAUAACUCCACCAACACCUUUCACACCUGUACAGCCCAAAGGAAAACCUGUGAUGCCUGUUGAACCAAUAGCAGGAAGCAGUACCACAGAAGCGCCUUCUUCACCCAUAGAUUUAAGUGCUUCUUCGCACAGUACAUCUACACCUCCGAGUGGAGCUCAACCAAAGGCAGCUGGUCAACCCAAAUCAAAAUCUAAGAAAGGUGGCAGUCGCAUUGAUGCUUUGGCUUUGAAUCUUCAAGCUCGAAAACAACAGCAACUUAUGCAAGAUAAAGAACAACACCAUCCUCUUGCAGACAUGGGAUCGAUGUUGGAGCGGGCAAAUGAGGGGAAAAAUAAAGAUCUUGAUCAAGAAGAAUGCUUGCAAGUGCCUCCUUCAUCACGACAUUCUCUCCACCAUCAAGAGAGGAGAAGUUUAGAAGAUGAAGAAGUCAAACUUAGGAAAAAGAGGCUACAGUAUAGUGAAGAAUCAGUACGAAAAUCUCUCAGUAGGAACUUUGAUGUGACCCCCACACCUGCACACUCUUCAUUCAUGAAUCCUUCUAUGUCUGGAGGAUCAGCAAGAUUGAACCUAAGUGGAAGUAAGUCAGAAGAUCAUUCUUCUGGCAUUGGUACUAAUCCUUUACUAGAUCCUUCUUCUUUAGUGCAUCAUGAUUUCAAAAAGUGGAUUGAUGAUCACCCUGAACUUGUGGCUGCUAAUCCUAACUUGAUGGCUGCAGCAGCUGCUGCGAUGGCCUUCAGUCCUGUGUCUUCCUUUCCAUCUCAUACUGAGUUAUUAGAGUUGCCAGAAGGGAGGAAAAGAGGAAGAAGACCUCGUUUAGAUCCCACUAAGCUUGAUUAUGACAAGAUUACUGGAGAAGAAAAUGUUUCAGUUAUUAAUAGGCUCACAGGGAAAAAAAUCACUGGAAGCAAAGCUCCUCCCUUGAAGUACCUCGCUGAAUGGUUGGACAAAAAUCCUAUGUUCGACGUUGAUCCGAAAUGGGGACCCUUAGUCCGCGAAAAGGGUAAUCUACCGAAUAAUAUGAAUAAGAGGAUAGUUACUCCUUCAGAGAAGAGAGGGCGUAGGACUGCUGCUUCUCUUUUGGCUAGUGCUCAUCAAAAUCUUGUUCCGCCUGUUACAACUAUGUCUUUUCCUUCUACUACUGGGUUGAAUCCACUAAAUUUUGCGAACACAGGAAUGCUUUCUGGAUUUCCUAACAUGAAGUUUUUUAUGGACCCUACAAAAUCAAGUGCAGCAACUACAACAACUUCAGCUACAUCUACCUCUACUACAAAUCCUCCAAUUUUCUUGCCUUUCGGUGGUCUUGCUGGCAUGGGACUAACCAAUCCGCUGUUCGGUUUCCCUGGAUUUAAUUUUCCUGGGUUGCAAGGCUCAUCUCCUCUUGGAACACCUAAUUUACCUUCGUCUUCGGCCAAAGAUCAUUCAAAAGACUCUGAUAAAGGCAGAAGUGACAAAGAAUCUAGUGGUUCGUCUCGGAAAAAUGCACCUGCGACAUCCACGAGCUCUUCUCUGCCAUCAUCUUCACUGCCAUUCUUAUAUCCCCCUGGGCUUCUUUACAAUCCUCUUGGAUUGGGAAGUUUUACUAUUCCACCCAACUUGCCUGCCUCUUUCGGGUCUUUCACCCAAAGUGGGUUGGUGAACGGACUCGGACUAGGUAGCAAUCCUCUCUUCACUACGAGUUCGCUCGGCACAACUCUCAGCUCGCCAAUGGCCACCGUCACUUCACCUUCAGUCCAGAGCAUCCUCACCUCUUCUGCAAUGGUUCCUCCAGUGUCCAAAACCCAUACCUCUUCUGCAAAGUUGCCUGCAGCCCAGAGCCAUUACAAUGAUGGGCAAGAGACAGAUGACGAGAGUUUGAAGUCCCUGAUGGGAAACCAUGAUGAUGACGACGAUGACCUGGACGAUAAAAUGGAAGUGUAUGACAAUCCGGACAAAGACGAUAGUGAUAGGGAGACAUUUAGGGACGUUGGGCGUAGUCCUGCUGCAGUUGUACAGACAUCCUCUUCAAAGACUACAAACAGUGACUCUGAAAGUGUGUGUUUAGCAAAGACUUCUGUUGAAAAUUGUAGUUUAGAAAAUAAAACUAGAGGAGCGCACGAUGAUCCUACCUCAGAUAGUACAGACACUGAAAGCAAACAUUCUUAGUGCUAGUGAAAAACUGUGAGAAGACUUAUGAGGCACUGUGAUGCAGCUGUAUAUUUAUUAUUUUUUAAUAUUUCUUUCCAUUGUGAUUAUGAUUGUGGUUAGGAAUGAAUGAGAAAAGACUAAUAAUCUUAGGUUUGUAAGAAAUUAGUUUGCAAUGCAGCUUGUGUAAAAAGGUUAAUUUUAUUUAUUUGAAACAUUUCUCUCUUGACCCUAAAAAGAGUCGAAAUGCACUUGUGUUCUGUUGUCUUUGUUUGUUAAUCCCGUGUGUUUGUAUUACGUGUUCCACUUCACUUUUUUUUAAACCAUUGGCUUUCAUAAUUAUAGCAUGUAAUUUUUAUGGCAAAGUCUUUUUACAGCUUUCUGUGUGAAACAAAAAAACAUCCUUAUGCAAAUUUUUAUUUUUUUUUAUUUUCCGAGUGUUACAAAUAUUGCUGCUUUUAGUAGAAAUCAACAUUCCUACAUGACAUGGUGUUCAUCUGUACUUAACUUUAUAGAGGUCAUUAGUGUGUAACAUUUAUGGCUGGUAAUUUAGAACUUAAAAAGCAGUGACAUUUUGCAGUUUUAGUAAUGCAAGCCUUGUGUACAUACCAACUAUUUUCAGAGGGGCAGCUUAUUUAUUUUAUUACAGGAGGGAUGUAGAACCAAGAAUUACAUCAUUAUCAUCUCCAUGUUUUUUGACAAAGAUGAAACAGAACUCAGGCAAUUCUUUUUUCCUGCCGUGACAUUCAAAGUUUAUAGUGUAGUAGGUUGUCUUAACUGCUUUGCUGUCAUUUGUGGAGUGGCGGAUGUUUUUAUUUUAUUUAUUUAUUCUUUUUUUAAAUAUUGUUUAAUUUUAAUAGAUAAAAGACUGUGAUUAUCAAUUUGUAAAUAUUGGGUUGAUUCUGCCUUUAAGAAAGUAGCAGUUACUAAGUCAUAUUAGGUUGUGUGAAAUUUUGACUUCUGAAAGGCAGUUAUCAUUUUUUAUCAUUUUCAUGAUAGCCGAUAAUUAGAUUUUAAUUUCAAGACGAGGUCUUAAAAUCAAUUAAUGAAAUUACAAAUAAAAAAGUUUUAAUUUUAUGAGCUUUUAUAUAUUUAUUUAUUUAUUUACACAUAUUUUUUUUUUAUAGAUCUGUUCUUUUCAAGUUAAAAUUUUGCUAAAUUACUUGGAUCUGUUGAAAUUAUUUUUCUAGCAAGUUAUUUCUUAUUGUCAAAUUAAAGUUUCAGUAAAAUGUUAGAUUUAAAAGUUCUUGAUUUAUUUCAUAUUUGCGCAUGUUUACUUAUGUAUGCAUUUUGAUCAAUGAAAGUUUAAUUUGUGCAAUAUUAAUGAUAGAAGAUGAAUUAUAUGACACACAUAUACCCUGAAAUCAACAGUCGUAAAUAUUGUGUUUUAAGAAAGUAAAAAAAAAAAAAUUUUAAUUGUCAAUGACGUGUUUUUUUUCCUUCAUUAAUUAAUAUCAGGCAGAAAGUUUUUUCAGUGCAUGUUUCUGUGGGUGCAAAAAUGAAUAAAUCCGCCACAAACAGAAACCUAAAACAACAUGAUGGCAACAGAAAAGUUGAUUCUGGUAGUGGAGUUGUUGUCUAUUAUAAAACAAGAUUAAAACAUUGAUCAAAAAGUUAUAUUGGAGGCAUUUUUAGAUGUUCAAGAGACAUUUUCUGCUUCUAGCCGAUUGCAUAAUUGUGAUGUCUAUAUCUAGGACUGUGCUGUUCUGAUCAAUACAGAUGAAGUUUUUGUGAUGUGUUGUUUUGUGUCCCGCUCCCAAAUGUUUAACUGUUCCAUGUUUCAUUUGUUUUCAAGCAGAAAUUUUACAUUGAAAACCUUGUUGCUAUCUCAAGUACGCAGGAGCGAAUAGAUAAAAUUAUUUCGUCAUGUUGUAUAUGAACCACUAUGUAUAAAACAUCUGUGCUCUGAUACUUUUAUUUUCUAUCAAAUUUUUAAUUCAUUUCCAAAAAUAGUUUUUAAAGCUUUUAAAUAUUUUCCCCUGAAAUGUUGAUGAUUGCAUUUAAAUAUAUAAGAAAUUACCUCAGGUUUGUGAAAAAACACUUUGAAGAUGAUCUGAUAUCUUUUUGAAUACUUUGAAAUCGCUGGGGAGAAAAAAUCCACUCUUCGAACUGGGGUUGAUGAUGGUGUAAUGUGGGCCCUGGUUGUGGGCACAUCCAAUCCAUGGGAAAAUUAAGUCAGCUCUGGUAAUGAAAUUGUUUCAAAAAAGCUCUUCCAGUCUUUCAGAUUUGAAUAUAUGAUUAAAAAAUGAAAGAAAAUGUAGGAUCUUCCUCCUCAGCAGUGCCUUGAACACAUUUUUUGAUGGCAGAGCUCGUACUCUAUAUUGUUGGUUGGCACCCAGGCUGUCCAAAUUUGUCAAUUUCUAUCUCUGAAAUCAUUUUUAACAAUUAAUAUGGAAGAUAAUAUAAAUCAUCAUUGCUUUUUAUAUUUCAAUUAUAUAAAUUUCAAUUUAAAUUGAAUGAUUCUGACACAUAUAGAAAUGAGAAGAUCAUCUUUUCCUCAAUUAAUGAUAUAUUUAAAUGAAAAUCAAGCUUUUUUUUUUCUUCAACUGUAACAUUGUAGAUAUCUUUGGACAGCUUUAGUGUUAGCCAUUAGGAUUGGGACAAGGACUGUCAUUCCCAGCAUUUUAAUAGAUUUGUUAUAUAGGACUCUUAUAAAAUGUAAAAUGCAAAAAUGGCAGGCCAACCAGAAGGUUUAAAAUAUUCUCAUUUGCCACAUAGCAACAUUAUGAUUUCAUCACCAUUUUGGAGCUAUUCUAUAAAGAAAUUUUAGAUGGUGCCAAAUUUAUGCAGGAAUAAGAUAUAUUAAAGGGAAAGAAAUAUUAAAUAUAAAAAAGGUAUAAAUUUAGUCUGGUAUUGUGCUAAUUGUUGCAUUAGAUGUACAUUUGAAUCAAAGUUCAAAAGUAGUAUGAUUUUGUAAUGAUGGGAAUUAGUGGUCAACAAAAUUCCUAACUUAAAUGUCUUAUUUGAAUUACUUGAUUAGUCUGUCCUUACCAUUUAUCUUUGGAAUUUAACUUUCCUUUCAAGAAAGUUGCACUAAAGGGAGUAAUAGUGCAGCUUUACUUUCUCUUCUACCAAUUGUUUUAUGGGAAAUGUAGAUAAACUAAUGGAAGGAACUUAUUGUUUAUUGAGCUCCAGGUAAAAAGAAAUGGAGCUACAUGAAGUGCACAAUAGCCGACAAAUCCCUUAGAAUGUGAUCGCACUGAACCGAAACUUUAUUCCUUUGGGGGUGUUAUUUGAAAGUCCCUAGGAAUUGAUGGUGCUGCAUGCACCCAUAAAACAACUGUAAAUCUUUUGAAAGCUAAGCAGAAAAGCAGUUGGCAAUCAUUUGAAAUACCGGGGAAUCCUUCAAUGUGUGCUAAAAUUACAAUUGUUAGUCCUGUCUUAAAAUAUUUAGAAGCUUCCAACAAGUUUCAUAUUAUGCAUAAAAAUCCAAGAUUUUGUAUCAUAUCAAAAUUUAAAUUAGAUAAGCAUACUUUUGGCUUCAUAUUCCGAAUUGUAAAAAAAUGCUCAAAAUUACAGUGGACAUUUCAGGAAAAAUUCUCCUAACUAAUAUUGUGCCAAAUUUCAGGACAAUUCGUUAAAUGGUCCUAACCUUAUUGAGAUACAGGGAGAUAUUGUUUCUCCUGUAUUUUUAGUAGAUCAAAAAAAAAAAAAUCAAUAAUUUUGAUCUAUAUCACUAAUACCGAUUUAAAAAUAAUGGCCAGCAGGCUCUGAGUUCAGCUAGCCUGAUAUAAAUCAGUUUAUCAAUGCUCAUAGAGAUCAAGGCUCAAAAGCUCUCUUAAAACUUUUCACUCCCAUGACAAGUAACAGCUCUGCUUCCCAUAAAUUAUUCCGUAUAUUUACAAAAGUUCAUUUUCUGAUCUAGUAGCCCUUUCCAAAGUUAAAAUAUUUCGGAGGAGAAGGAGAUCAAAGCUGAACAGCAUGCUCCAAAAGAGGUCUUGCCAAACCUCUGUACGAAGAUAGAACUAAGUUAGUGGAAUGAUUUUAACUUUUUACAAUGACAAGUUUCCUGCUUUUUGAACUAGAAUCACAAUUGCCCUUGCACAUACUAAAGCUAAAAAACUUCCUGAGUAUGAAGUGGUGUGUUAUUAUUCAAACAUUCCAGGUAUGCAUAUGUUUAUCAAAAAUUUAAAAACUUGCAAAAUUUUGUUUGCUUUUUUGACUUCUCACUUUUUUCGUGCACCAGCCGCCUAUGUUUACGUGGCAAACGUUUUGUUGAAGCAGUUGACUUAUUAAAGAAUAUUAAUCAUUCAUUAGAAACAACAUACUAAAAACAAAAUUUGGCUCUUACUAAAUGUAUUUUAUGAAAAACUCUCUUUUAAUGUUACUUUUACGCACACUUUUUUUAAUAAAUUGUGUUAGAUCAUUACAAUGCAUUGAUAAAAAUUAAAUUUUCUUCAAUGACAAUAGCUAAUUCCAGCAAAACAAAUGAUUGUGGCAAAUGAGAAUAUUGAUAUGUUGUGGUUGUCCCUGAAGUUAGAGACACCAUGUAAAUGCCGAUGGUGUCUGUGGCACAGUAGUGCAAGAUUCCUGGUCAAUAUUUCCUAGCAGCCUUUACAAAGCUCCUGUAGCAAUAUUUACUUGUUAUAGUAGAGCAACAAGAGAGGAAUCGGACUGUGUCAUUGCAUUGCUUGACUACACAAUGUUUGUACGAGUGUAUUAAAUACUUAAUUUAACUUGUUCUGGUGUCUUUCUUUUGUUUUGUAUGAUGCUUGAAUGAAAGAAAUCGUACUAAAAAUUUCAAAGCAACAAUUUUUCAGUCAACACGUGAUUGUUUGUUUCUUUUCACACAUUGAACAUUAUGUUUUUUAUCAUGUUUUCUUUUAGUCUGACUCUGUACAUUUUGUAAACUCAAA